AUGGAUGUAAAGUUUAUGCACAAUUUAACGGACGCCUUAAAAGUAGCAGGAUGUUCGAUCGGUGAAGACCUCAUACCAGUUUUGUACAAUUCGCUGAUUCAAUUGCAAAGCGAAAAUCAUUUCGAAUCUAUAUAUUUUUGGGGCCGUAUCGUCACGUUAUCCAACGAUUAUUAUAUCGCAUACGGUUAUCAAAAGGAUCCGAUUAAGGACAGGAUAUUUUUUUAUUCGUGAGUUUGAAACCUUAUCCUCCUUCAUAUUGACUUUAAAAUAUAAUAAAUAUACUAAUAUUUGUAUUUAAUAAUUGCGUAUUAUAUAUUAUGUUUAUUAUUUUAGCCAUGUUACAAUGAUGGUAAGUUCCAUUUAUUAUGUAUUUAUUUUUACAGGGUGAUUCAAAAUUUAUGUUACAGCCAUUUUAUCAUGUAAAUAUUCAAAAUAGAGGAAAAUGUCUUACACAAAGGUUUUCCGGUGUAUAAAUAUCUAAAGUAAUAUGUAAUUUGUUUUUUUUACGUAUUUUUGGAUUAUUUCUUUAUUUUCGGGUUUGCAGAGUCAAUAUUUGAAAUUAAAAUGGAAACCUAAAUUUAAAGUUCUAUGCAUGGAUAGAGUGUUAGGUUAAAUACUUUUUUGUAUUGAAAUUUUUCGAUUUUCUGUUGGCUGGAUACUCCACAAUUUUAUUUAGCAGGAGAGUAGUGCAACACUAAUCAAAUUCCUUGACGUUUGUUGGCCCACCACACAAGCGCAUGGUAUUUCACUUGCAUUUAAACUAACACUCCGUCUAUUCAUGGAAUUUUGAAGACAAUUUUAUAUUUGAAUUUAAAAAACUGACCCUAAAACCCACCAAAAAAAAACGUAAAAUAAAAAAUUUAAAUUUAUUUUAGAUGUUUAUAAAUUUAAUAUCUUUUGUGUUUCACAUUUUUCUCUAUUUUAAAUAUUUACAUAAUAAAAUGGCUGAAACAUAAAUUUUGAAACAACCUGUAUAUAUCUAUAUACAUAAUUAAUAGAUAUUAUUUUUUUAAAUUCUGAGUGGAACGAGGAAUGUGUUGGUUUUACAAUGAUGUUUAUUUUUAUUUUAUUUUUUAUGUGAACACUUUUUCUAUCAGAAAGCAUACUCUGAUUAUCAAGUAUAGCAACUUUUCUGAAAGGAAGUUUUUUACCCCUACUCCAUAUACCUUAAAUUAGUGCAUACUUUUGAUUUUCAAAUAGAAGCCCCUCUCGAACACAAAUUUUAAUAGACAAUAUUUUUCUAGAAAUUUUGAUAUGAAUCACACUAAUAUAAGAUUUACCGUUUAUGAGUUAUAACACUUUAAAGUUUAGACCAGAGUAACAGGAAAGGGUCAUAGAUAGGCAAUUUAUUACCAUUCCCUAAUCUUCCAGUCUAAACUUUAAACUGUUAUAAUUAAAUACCGGAUUUAUAUGUUUUUACAUAUCGUUACUGAAUUUAUGAGGUCUUAUGAGAGUAAGAAAUGUUGACAAUUCGUUCAAAUUUGGGUUCGUAGGAAAAAUUUUUUUUUGAAUAUUUGAGAAUGUUUUAUUGGUUAAGGAAUAUUUAGCUUAUUUUGCAAAUUUUGGAAUAUUUUGUAAAUUGUGAGAAAAAAAUAUUAAUUUUAAUAAUACGGUACCUGGAAAAAUAUAAUUUGAAAAUUUACAAUUUUUUUAAAUAAGAUGAAAAAGUUUAGUGUUUAGUACCUACAUAUUAUAAGUUACCAUUCAAUAAACAUGUCAGCUAAUCUGUAAUGUUGGCAAUUUAUAUAUAAUUAAUCAUUAUCAACUAUUCAAAUUUCUAAAUAUUUUGUUUUGCACUUUUCCAUUUAUUUGUAACGUGAUUUUUAAAUUUUUAAAAAUGAAAUUACCUUUAUUGUUAUACAUAUUUAUCUUAUAUUGCUACUCUAAAUUAACUGCACUAUUAUUCUAUUUUAGUACACAAGUGUUACUAAUUAUUAAUGGAACGUCGUAAAAAACUUUAAAAAAAAAUUGCUUAUUAAAGCAUAUAAUGAUGUUCAUUGAUUAUUUUUGCAUAUUUUUCAAAUUUCUAAGAGAAUAUAAUUAGAAUAUUUUAAGGUUUUUAGAGAAUAUUAGCACCAUAUUUUAGGUGUUUUUUGAGAAUAUAAAUCCGGUCUUUAAUUAUAACUCAUAAACGGUAAAACUGAUAUUUGUGUGAUCCAUAUCGAAUUUUCUAAAAAAAUUUUAUCUAUUCAAAUCUGUGUUCAAAAAGGGGUUUCUAUUGGAAAAUCGAAAGUAUAAACUUAUUUAAGGUAUAUGGAGUAAAAAGGAAAAAAAUUAAAAUGGUUUUAAAAUAAAGCUUAAACGUUUCCUUAAUGAGUAGAAAAAAACAGAAAUCAAAUUCACUUAAAAUCCUCUGAGAUAAUUGCUAAUUCAUGAUAUAUGAAUCAUCCUGUAUAAUAUAUGUAUUUAUUACCAUUGAAAAUGUCUGGAUUCACCAAUCCAGUUAAAUCUAUAGUAAAUUUCUUGCGCCCCUAAUUUAAAAACGUAUACAAUGUCACAAUAUAAUUAUUCGCCCUUUAUUGUUUCACUUGUUCAACUACAGUCAAACCAUUUUGGAAUGGGAUUUAAUUCCCACGGAUUUGCCAAUAAAUGAAACGGAUUUGGUGCGCAAAAUUAAAACAAAAUUUAACGGCAAUCCAAGGUACGUGGAAAUUGCGGACAAGUUUAAUAAGAGUUCAGGGGAACCUGGAGUGGUCAGACUAACGCCGAGUGUAUUAUUUAAUGACGAAGGCGCCAUGGAAGGCGGAGAAGAAGAAUAUAGUCGUACUAAAGAUUCAUCACGGAUAAAAAGUGUACAUCUCGACGAAAUAGUAUCAUCAAUUACUAUCGGAGAAGAAACAGGGGAAUCGGUAAAAGAAGAUAAAACAUUUUAUAAUAAUUAUAAACAAUAAUAUUGUUAUUUUCUUUUUUACAUUAUAAUUGUGAUGUUAAUUGUAUUUUCCAAAGGAAAGUGUGGAAGAUUUUUCUGCAAACAAAAUGAUCAAAGAAGAAGAUAGGCUCGCCAUAUCCGUUAAAAUGAUCGACAACGAAUGUCAUAUAGCGCCGCGAGGAUUUUACUAUAAGUUGCCUGACGGCAAUAUAGUCAAGGCACCUUACUUUAAAGGUCAUUUUAAUAGAAUUAAACAACGAUUCAAAUUAUUUUUGAACCUAUUGAUAAUUGAUUUUUAUAAUAGGUUUAGACUAUUCGGAAAUCGGUAACGAAAAUAAUUUUCUCCACAUUAGUUCGCAUCGUUGGACGCCCGGUAAAAGCAAACAGCGAUUGGACUAUAACGGAUCGAUCGAUUUUUUACAACCAAUCGAUAAAGAUAUACCAAAGGGUAGAUAAUUUCAUUGAUUUAUAAGGAUAGGCACUCACUUGCAAACUUACAGUUAUUAUUAAUGAUUUUUUUUUCAAUGUAUAGGAUGUUGGACUACUCGAAUUGUAUCCAAUCGAUAUUUGAUUAAGCACAAUUUAUUAUGGCCGGGUGCAGUAUUUUUGCAAGACAUGAAUUUAGGCAUACAUAGUUUUUUCUAUAAUGGAGAUGGUGUUAAAAAUCUAGAUUUACCAUUUAUGAUUUAG